UACGUUCUGUUUUUUUUUUCUGUUGCCAAUAAUCCGUCUCUCCCGUCCGUUUCUGUUUGCGGUCGCGGAAACGCGACGAUUAUCGCGGCACGUCGACAGCAAACACAGAGUGACGAUUAGGUGUACACCUUCGACGGACGAGAAGCGAAAAAAAAACGGCCGCGGUCGUCGUCACAUAAAUAUGGACGUCCCGCACAGACACGGGUCAUACGUUGACGUCAACCCGGACGGACAGCAACACACGGACAAACAAACAAAUAAACAAAUAAACAAACAUGUCGUCGUCGUCGUCGUCGUUGAAGUUCGCGGUGCUCCGGUCUGGGUGUCUGUGCGUUGUAGUCACGUCGCUGUUGCUUCUCCAGUACCAGCCGGUCGCCGGUGCAGCCGUCGUCCCGUUGUCCGUGGUCAGGGCGGCGUCCCAGUGCUCGGCCGCACCAGACACCGUCGACUGUUUAAUGCAAGCCGCGGCCGCUGGCGUUGACGCGCUGGCCCGGUCCGCAGACCCAGUGGACCUGGUUCCGGGAUGCGUGACGCUGGUCAAGAACGCCGCCGGCGAAUCGGACACACUACCACAGCCGUCGCCGUCGCCACCAUCGUCACAAACGGCCACGGACGUCGACGCCGGUUCGGCGCUCGUCGACUCGUUGACGGCGUUCGUCAAGUCCCGUGCCAUCAGCGUCCGGGCGCCUGCACACUUGUUGGACUCACUCAAGAGCACCCUAAUCGAAGCGCGUGGUAAGAAGGACAAGUAUGCGGGACCACUUCUGAUGGGCGCAAUGAUGGUGGCCGGUACAUUGUUACCUAUCAAGCUGGGUGCGCUGGCCAUGAUGAGCGGUAAGGCGCUGAUGACCAGCAUGCUGGCGCUCAUGCUGUCCGCAAUUCUAGCGCUGAAGAAACUAGCGUCGGGCGGCGGCAGCCACAGCGGCACCACGUACGAAGUGAUCAACGUGCCGUCGCAGGGCGGCCACGGGCCGCACGGCCGUUCGCUUAGGGCGCACACUAUGGCAUACGGUCCACCGCCGCCAGCGGAAACCCUUCCGACGCCCACGCAAUCGACCGACGGGCUAUAAUAAUUUGUAGGGCCAUUAAAUUAUUUUAUUUUUCAUACCCACAUCGUAUGUCUAAUAUAUUUAUUAUUUAUUGUAAAAUUAUGUGAACGCUAAAAUAUAAUUGUACAGCGCAUCAUAUUUAUUAUAAAUUGUAUACAAUAAUAUUUAUUGUCGUAUUUUUAGUGGUUAUUUAUUUUAAUUGCUGUUUGCUAAAUUUAUUAUGAGUGUGUUAUUAUUAUUAUUAUUAUUAUCAAUUU